CAGUAGCCUGGUAUGCUAGAGGAGCUCAGAAAGGAGGUGACUGGUGGUACCAGAAGAUAUAAUCAUGUUUAACAAGUUCCUAAACCGAUCUCGAACCAACCAGCAGGAGGAAAAACAAGGUUUUAUCUGUCCGGAAUGUAGACGAGACUUCUCAUCUAUAGACGAUCUCAGCGACCAUCACAUUAAAGCUCACCCUCCUGCUGAUUAUCAUGAGAGCUUUGGAGCCGGCUCAGUUGAGGAGGACAGAGGAGCGAGCGUUCAGUUCAAUGGAUCAGAGAAAACCUCAGCUAGACUGAAGGAGGAUAUAGAUGAUUUGGGUAUCUCUCUACAGGAAGAGAGUUGGUACUCAGCUGAACUUCAGAAAGAGUUAAAACGAGUAGAGGAAGAAAACGAGGCUCUGAAAGCAAGCAUUAGCUCCAGAAGUGGAAACUCUCAGUUUGAUGUGGUCAGCAAGAAAGCUGCAGACUUGGCAGUUUUAGUGGCCCAAGUAAGUUCAGAGCUUGAUGAGGAGAGGAGCAAAUCUAGUUCACUAGAGUUCCAUGUAGCUAACUUGCAGAAGACUAACGAGGAAUUAUGUGAGAAUCAGAUGACAUUACAAACUAGACUUGUUCAGAGCACUUCAAAUGACGAUGUAGACGUAUUAAAACAGCAGCUGGCAAAGUGCCAAGUUCAGAUCGACUCUAUUCUAGCUCUUGGUGAAAAGGAAACUGAUACACUGAAAGAGAAGAUCAGCGACCAUCUCAGUGAUAAGACUAAGAUGGAGGAUAAGCUUGCACAGAAAGAGGCAGCCCUUGAUACCGCUCAUAACGAAAACAAAACGUUGUCGUCGGAUAUAUCACAGUUACAAAACGCAGUAGACAAGGAGAAACUAGCCCAAACCCUACAAGAUACACAAAUGAAGCAGUUCACUGCAAGGAUAGCUGAGCUGGAAUCUCUUUGUUCUACUUACACUGAUGAUAUAAGAAGGAAGGAAGACGAAAAGAAUUCACUGUUCGAAAGACUGAACGGAUUCAAUUCUACUCUGUCACAGAUGAAUAAUCAGAUCGGUAAAGAUGACGAGGAAAAGAGCAGCGAAAUGAAGCAGCUUGCAGCAAAUUUUACAGAAUUCCAAUCUUCUCUGCAGGAAAAAGAAAGCAGAAACGCCGAACUGUCCACUGAAUUAAACUCAAUCCGAGCAGAACUAUCAAACACUAAACAAGAGUAUGUUCAGUUGGAGUCACAGCUCGUUGCAGCUCACCAAAACAGCAACUUUUUGUCUGAGAGGAUUAGCAAACUUGAGAUUGACAAUCUUACCAAAAACGUGAUGACCCAAGAACAAUCCGGUAAAAUUGUUGGACUGAGCAAAACUUUGGAAGAUAGGGACAAUAAUUUGUCGUCUUUAGAAAAGAGAAACGCUGAACUUCAACAAACAAGUGAGAAUUUGGCUGAAGAGCGAGACCGUCUAUCUGAUGAAGCAAAUGAACAGGACCAAACAAUCAAUCAGUUGAAAGGGAAGGUUGCUGAGCUAGAGAAAUUAGUUGAGGAAACUGAGCAAGAGACCACUGAACGAUACAAGAAACAGUGUAAUGAAACUUAUCAACUCGACUCUAAGCUGACUAGUUUAAGAAAUGAUUUUUCUGAAAUUUCUCUCAGCAAUGAGAAACUUAAGGAAGAAAAGGCAUCUCUUUUAGCUAAAGAGGGUCAAAUGGAAACAAAUAUUGAAGAGUUGAGUCUGAGUGCUUCUGAAAAGGAGGUUCUUCUCAAAUCUCAGUUUGACGAAUAUUCUUUGGUUAAGAAUAGUCUUGAGGUCGUAACCUCUGAAAAGUCUACACUCGAAGAAAGCAUUAAAUCGGUCGAGGAACAACUUGAGGUUUCCAGCAGUUGUGUCCGAGAUUUGAACACUCGAAUUGAGAAAAAGGAUGAGAUGCUUCUUGCAUUGAACAAAAAAGUACAAAAACUGGAGGCUGACAUCGCCAAACCUUGUACAAUGUGCUUGAAUUAUGAGAGCAGAAUCAACAAAUCCCAUUCUAAAAUACAGGAGCUUGAAACUGAAACUGAAGCCCAGAAAACUAAAAUAUCCGAACUUGAAGGGGAAUUGGCCGAAUAUCAAGAAAGUGUCGAGAGUAACUCUGAAAAGCUCCUACAUCUAGAGUACAACUUGGAGAGGGAGAAGGAGAACGCAAUGAACACAGAGGCUAUGCUAAAAGCAACUAGGACACAACUUCAGGACAGCAAUGAUCUGCUUGGAGGAAAGGUUAAAAUGCUGGAGAGUCACCUACAAGAAGCCAGUAAUAAAGCUUCAUCAGCUGAAAAUGCCAACACCGAGCUUACAAAAAUGAAAAUCCGUCUUGAACAGGAACUAAAUGAGACGGAGCAUGCUCUUAAGGAGGGUUCUGAGAUGCAUUCCAAGGAGCUAGAAGAUUUGAACAGUAAGAAUGCUCUUCUCAUUUCGCACAAGAUGAAACUUCACGAGGAUGUUCAGCAGCUUUCUGAUGAUUUGGAGCACGCGGCUGCGCAGUUAGGAGUGCUGAGAGAGCAACUUAAUGAGGCAAAUACAGAGAUGGAAACAUUGUCAGAUUCUCACCGAGAGGAAUUGAAAAAGGCAGAGUCCAGGAUAGACAGUCUGUCAGACCAACUCCUUCACUCCAGCAAGUCUCAUGAGAUUGAGAUGGAGAAACUAGAUAACGAACUGAGUAGCUUUAGACAAAAACUACGAGAUUCUCAGGGAGUGGUCGAGGAAUUGAACAAAGAGAAUGAAAGAUUGUACGGUAAAGUUAACAUCACUGAAGUUACAAUCGAGAAUCUAAUGGACGAAAGAAAGCUCCUUCAAAAGAGCGUUCUAGAGUCGGAGGAAAGAAACCACGUGAUCGCACAAGAAAAUACGAAGCUGAUCAGCGACCUGGAGAAAACACAGACAACUCUUAACGAGAUAGCUCAGGAACACUCCCACCUUCUCUACACUCAAGCCAGGAAGCAAAAUAGAAAGUGGGAGAACGACGAGGAGGUAACUAGCUGCAAGUCGUGCUACAAAGAGUUCGGGGUGUCAUUACGUAAACAUCACUGUAGGAACUGUGGAGGUAUUUACUGUGACCACUGCUCGAGAUUCCGCAGCUCUACUCCUUCCAGUAAGAAAGAACUGAGAGUGUGUGGUCCAUGCAACAAAGAACUCAACCCUUGAACUCUAUAAAUGUUACGUGUCUUAACCGCUUGUAUUUACCACGUCUUUAUCACGUGUCUUAAAUACCACGUGUGUAUACCACGUGUGUUUACGACUAUGGGAAUAAAACAAAUUGUGCUGAAAGCCGCUUUCUGAAUAAAUUAGUUCUCAAUUGUUUCUACUAUAUGGCAUAGUUUCUUUAAUAUCAUGUCACAAAGAAAAUAAUCAAAUUGUUGUCUUAUUUUGAUUGUUAUUAUAAGUAUUUUAUGUUUGUAAAAGAUUUUUCAGUUUUGUUGUGUGAUACUGAUUACGUUAAACACCAAAAGAAUGUUGGUAGAUAUUGUGAUGAGGGAGCAGUUCAUCAUGUUUUUACGGUUUGAAACGGCCUCAAGAUUAUGAAGAUUACUUAAGUGUUAAGAUAACUUUUUCUCUCCCCAAAAUAUGUGUAAAUUCGCCAAAUUUAUUAAAGUGCACAUGAUUGUUGUCUCAAACUCAUUUACUUUUUAAACAAUGCUUGAAUUUUGGUAAAGAGUCUGAGAUAUCUGAGAUAGCGGCUAUUAUUAAUUUAGUUGUCAUAUAUCCAAUUUCUAUCAAACAUCAAAGUG